AUGAGGACGCCGACCUCACCAUAUCGAGGUUCAUACUAUGCCAAUGACAACACCUAUUCAGAUGGGGUCAAUAUGCCUCAAUCAGAAUCAUCAGAUGUCAAGGGGCCUGGCUUCAGCGAGACCGUACCGCUGGCGGAGCUUGUGAACAGGAGUGGCACUCACAUGAAGCCCGAGAUCAUCGCUAGUAUCCACAAAGGCUUCUUCCAAGUCGACAAUAAGUGGACGUGUUACCGCCGAAACUACUUCCAGGUCAAUUGCGGGUUCACCUUCAAAAGCCACCAAGACUCACACGUCUAUCUUCGACAGAACGACCAGCACCAGCAGGUCUAUGGAUAUGCAGUGUCGAUCAGAGCAAAGACUGGGCCGUCGGGCAGCACAGAAGGUGAGGCUCGAGGCCUUGUCCAACAUACACCCAAACGACAGAAACAGCAGGAGACAGUCCCAACCAAACAUGCCGUCGUACCACAAACUGCGCUCCAUCAGAACCCCCAUCAGCACCAUGGGCAUAUGUAUCAGCAUCCUCCAGGCGCCGUUGAUCCAUACUAUGCUCAUGGACAUGCAUUCGGCAACUUCGGGUCUCGUGGAAUUGGGUUCGACAGCGCAGCUCAGACUCCGGCAAGCUAUACCUUCGAACGCAUCCAGUUCCAGAAGGCCACAGCAAACAACGGAAAGCGUCGAGCACAGCAGCAAUUCUUCCAUGUCAUCGUCGAGCUCUCGGUGAAUAUCAGUCCUCCCAAUAGCCACCGCGAUGACUGGGUAGUCGUCGCGACACGGGAGUCAGAGCCAAUGGUGGUGCGAGGCCGUUCCCCUGGCCAUUAUAAAGACAACCAUCAUCGACGUGACAGUCAUGGCCACAUGGACCACGACCGUGCCGCAGGUGGAGCUGGGGACCGUGGUCAAAUGCCAUACAAUCCAUACAGCAGCGCCCCGGUCGGAUCAUAUGAGAGCUCGCACAGUGGCCAUCAUAGUGGCUACAGUGGCACUAGCUACCAGCAGACCUACUUGGCCCAUGCUUCACCGCCUAGCGCUGGAUCGGGCACCAGACUGAACGGCUCACCCGAGGAGGCAGGCUUCGCCAUUUCAGACAAUGAGACACUGCGCUCAACGGACGUAUACAGUCAACAGUUGACACCUCCGUCCGAGACUGAGGACGAGACAAUGUUUGCACUUGGCCGCAAGCGACCGCAUGAGGAUGAUAACCCGGACGAGGCUUCUGCUUAUCGCUUCAGUCCAACUCUUUGUGAUAGCAUGUCUGCCCACACCAUGGACUAUCCCACAUUUGCUCGGUCGAAAGCACUUGUCGCAUCGUCCUGA